AUGUCCAAGAAGUGGAGAAUACCACCGGCGGCUGCUGUGCAUUCAGCCGACAAUCGACGAAUUCCUCCACCUUCGGCUGCCUCGCCGAAUGCUUCUCCCGGCAGUCGCCGCGGCGGCGGCGGCGCGCGCCGCCAGCCGCUUGGUCCUGGUCCCGGUCCGGCUCUCCGCCGCCCGGUGCAUAUCCUCGCUAAAAGGUCCCGUGGAAGCGCGACCCCGCCCUCGACGCCGCCAUCGCCCGGGACCGCCGCUUCCGCCAAGCGUCCCUCCUCGUCCGCGAGGUGCUCCUCUCCCCGGGCCGCCGCCUCCUCUUCCGCUAUCUCACCAAGCGCCGCGAGCGCCCUCAAGCUCCCCGUCCGCGUCCCCACGUUCCUCAGGCGCUACCCCACCCUCCUCGCCGUCUCCGCUCCCCCGGAGCCCGUCGCCUCGCCCUCCCCGCACCUCCUCGCUUUCCCCGACUUCGCCUCCCGCCUCUACGAGCUGCACGCCCCGCUCCUCGCCUCCAGGCUCGCCAAGCUCAUCAUGAUCUCCUCCACGCGUGCUCUGCCCGUCACCAAGAUAGACGCCCCUAAGCGCGACUUCGGCAUCCCCGACGACUUCCUGGUCUCGCUGGUCCCGAGGUACCCCGGCCUCUUCCGCCUCGUCGGUGACCCCGGGCCUGACGCGUCCGGGAACGCGUUCCUCGAGUUGGUUGCUUGGGACGAUAGACUGGCCAAGUCGAUGAUCGAAGGUCAGGCUGACAAGGAGGCCGAUGUCGUCGGAAUUAGGCCGAGGCCAAACUUCACUGUUAAAUUGCCGAAGGGGUUCUACCUCAAGAAGAAAAUGAGGGAGUGGGUGAGGGAUUGGCUUGAGUUGCCAUAUAUCUCAUCUUAUGCAGAUGCAUCCGGGCUGCAUCCGGCAUCUCCGGAGGCUGAGAAGCGAGAAGCGAACCAUUGGCGUUUUACAUGA